UUUGUAGUCGUGGACGUGACUGGGAGGAGUCUGCCCGCCUCGGAUUUCCGCACAGGGUGCCGGGCCGCGACCAUGGCGGAGCCCACGGUGUGCUCCUUCCUCACCAAGGUGCUGUGCGCCCACGGCGGCCGCAUGUUCCUGCAGGAUCUGCGCGGCCACGUGGAGCUCUCGGAGGCCCGGCUGCGGGACGUGCUGCGCCAGGCCGGGCCCGACCGCUUCCUGCUGCAGGAGGUGGAGGUGCGGGAGGACCCGUGGGACGCCGAGGCUGAGGUGGCGGCCGGCGAGGGCGGCGCGGGCGGCGGUGGCGGCCCCUCGGCCUGGCGGGUGGUGGCUGUGUCCUCCGCGCGCCUCUGCGCUCGCUACCAGCGCGGCGAGUGCCAGGCCUGCGACCAGCUGCACCUCUGCCGCCGCCACAUGAUGGGCAAGUGCCCGAACCGCGACUGCUGGUCUACCUGCACCCUUUCUCAUGAUAUCCACAUACCUGUCAACAUCCAAGUCCUGAAAAACCAGGGACUGUUUGGUCUCAAUGAGGCCCAGCUUCGGAUCCUUCUUUUACAGAAUGACCCCUGCCUUUUACCAGAGGUCUGUUUGCUCUACAACAAAGGUGAAGCCCUGUAUGGUUACUGCAACCUCAAGGAUAAAUGCAACAAGUUUCACGUGUGCAAGUCCUUUGUCAGGGGAGAGUGCAAGCUGCCUAAGUGCAAGCGGUCUCAUCAGCUAAUUCACGCUACAUCCCUGCAGCUGCUGCAGGACCAAGGACUGAAUAUUCCAAGUGUCGUUAAUUUUCAGAUAAUUGCUACCUACAAGCACAUGAAGCUGCACAAGAUGCUUGAAAAUAAAGAUAAUUCAGCUUCUUCUGCUGAGCAUUCCCAGGGCCUUGAGAAACAAGGAGUACACGUAGCUAGGGCUGCAGAGGCCAGUCCUCUGGUCUCUGGCCCUGCUGAGUCAGCCAAGAAGCCAUGUGCAGGCUCCAGAUGCGCAGGCGCAGCGGCCAUGGCUCACGGGCCCAGCCGCUCCGCGGCAUGUGGGAUCUUCCCGGACCGGGGCACGAACCCGCGUCCCCUGCAUCGGCAGGCGGACUCUCAACCACUGCGCCACCAGGGAAAUCCCCAUAGUUUACAUUGUGGUAUUCAGGGACUACAUACACUUUAUGCUCUUUUUUUUUUUUUUUUUUUUGCUUAAUAUUCCAUAAGCAUCUCUCCAUAUCUGUUCACAUUUAUCAUGCGUAAUCAUUUUCAUGCACAGAUACACUAAUAUAUCAUCGUUAGCUUAACUAGUUCCAUUAUUCUGGGAUAUUUUGAUUCUUUCUAACAAAUUUUGAAUAUAACUCUUUUCUUAAAAUCCACACAAUAUUAAAUUUUUACAUUAUUCUUUACUUUUGCUUCACUUAUAGUUGCUGAAUGAUACUCUUGAUUUUCAUUUCUUUAAAAAUACAUGUGGGAAUUCCCUGGCGGUCCAGUGGUUAGGACUCUGCGCUUCCACUGCAGGGGGCGUGGGUUAAAAAAAAAAUAUAUAUAUAUAUAUAUAUAUGUAUAUAUAUAUAUAUAUGCAAGUAAGUAUUCUUCCAUAUGUCUUCUUUCUAUAUGUCUUUAUUUUGUGUAGUUUGUACAUGCCCUUUAAUUGCUGGGACCCUCCUCUGUGCUGAUGUGACUUGGCCUUUAAUAGGCUCUUUAAUUUUCGUAAAAGCAUAUUGACUGUAUAUGAUAUGAUAUCCAACUCUCAUGGAUCCAUCCUCAGCCAACACCGCAGAGUAUAUAACUUACGGGUGCUCACCAGAGAUUUCUACCUCACUCUGUGUACUCUCCAUUUCUAAUUAAACUUUUACCAAAGUCUCAGAUUCCUGUAGUAUGAAGGAUGCGUAGCUCAUACAUUCCUCUAAGUUGUAUCCAUUCUUUCUGUGAUCAGGAUGGACCAUCAGAAAUCUAUAUACCUCUCCCAUUCCAUACUGACGUCUCCCUUCCUCCCUUCUCUCUGCCCCUGCCCACCCAGCUGUCUCUUUUUAGUUGUACCUGGUGUUUAUUUCCUUGUUUUCAUCAAGGGGUACCACAGAGAAGCAGCUUUGUGAAAUUCUUUCCUGUGUUUGUUGUACUAAUAGCCACAAAUGUUGGUGUGUAAAGUGUUUGUUUGUUUGUUUGUUUGUUUUAAUUUAACUGUCUGGCAAUAACAUAACAUUUGAGAAAUAGGGCCAAAGUAGUGAGCUUUUCAUCAAACUAAAUUUAUUUAAUUUAGAAAAUUUUUAAUCACGAAAAAUUUUCUUUUCCAUUGGGGGAGGUGUGCAAAAAUGUCCUUUUUAAAGUGAAAAGGUGCUGUGUUUUCUCCUAGUGGACAGUAAGAGUCACGCAACUUAUGUUAAUCUCUUCAUUUUGGUUGCCAACAGCAGUAUUUCUGAAAGCUCUUAUGUUUUGCGUAUCUUGCUUCUUUUUUCUUAGUUACAAUUUCUCCGGUGCUAAUUAAAAAAUUAUCUUUAUCUUUUAUUAUUAUUAUUUACGUUUUAUUCUUUUACUGUUAUAUUUCUUUUGUAAGCCAUGUUAAAUCCUUAAUGGAAACAGUAUAGUGUAUAAAUGCAUAUUCUUUACAUUAAAAGACUUAGUAGAUUUUUACAUCAUUGUGUUCUUUUUAUAUAUCUUAUAAUUAUGCCUUUAUAUAUGAAGUUAUUGACCCUUUGCAAUCUUUGUUGCAAUAUUUUAUUCAAUUCUAUAAUAUUCCAUUUUAAUCUUAGUUCCAUUGGUAUUCAUCCUAUAAAAACAUUUUAUGUAAUCAUGCCUGUCUCUUAUUUUAAUCUGAUGAUUCAGCUGUUAGAGUUAUCCGAUUAGAGUUUCUUUGGCAAUUUAUCAGGGCUUAUGAGAUGAAGCUGCACAUCUGUAGGCUUCACAAAUUCCAAAUACCCUAAAUUGAAUGACUGACUUUCCUCCAGACUUGUUCCUCCUUUUGUUCUGUAUUUUGGAGUGUCAGCACCAAAUGACUUAAGCCAAAAACCUGCAAAUUGUCCUAUACUUUUCCUUUCUUCUUAUUCCCUGUGUCAGAUUGGUUACCCCGUGUUGCAGAAUUGUCCACUUUAAAAAUCUUGCAAAUUUUUAUCCUCUCUACCCCUUUCUUUCCAUCCCCAACACACUGCCUUUUUCUAAACCCUCAUCACCUCUUGCAUUUAUUUUACAGAUUCAUAACUCAGUGGUUUUCAAGUCUGUCUUGUGAGAGUUUUUUGUAGGGGGUGCGAGAUGGACCCCUGUUCCACUUCAAGGAUGGUACCCCCAUUGUAAUUUUUAAUAUAAUAGGCUUUUGUGGAUGUCAUUGAUCUCCUUACCACCCUUCUCUCCCCCUGCUGCCUGGCUGACCUUUUGAAAUGCAGACCUAACCGUAUUGCUUUUUUCUGCCAUAACUUUCAUUGGUCCCCAUCACGGAGGAUAGAAGUCAUAAAACUCAAAUCCCUACAGGGACUAGAAAGUUAAGAUAAAUGGAUAAAGUGAGGUGGAUGUGAGAGGAAUGGGGGAAGAGAGGAAGUGCUGGGGCAAACUGUCCCAUCUAAAAGGGACAACUGCCUCUUGCUUCCACGUGGGAAUGCGGGGCCCAAUUUGACGUAUCAUCCAAUUUGUCAAAAGCAACCACAAAUCCAGAAAUUUUUAUGAGAAAUUUUCUGAUUUUAAAAUAUUGACUUUUAACUGAGUUCUUAAAAUGCAGACCAAUAUUGCGUGUAUUGACCUACUUGCAGUUUUUGGAAUGUGCCAUUUUAUCUCGUGACUCUCUAUUUGUAAAUGAUGCUCCCUCUAAGUGCCACUCCUUCCCUCCUCCUGCCUCAAAACCUGGCAAAAUUAGAUUAUUUAAAAUGUCAGGUUAACCUUUCCUGACCCCAAGACAGGCAGCUCUCCUAGAGUUCUCAAAGCUGUAGUACUUAGUACAUUACAUUGCAAUGCUUUUAUUCCCCGGCUUUGAGCAAAAACAUUAUUUAUUCUUUUUGGUACUUAUAACACUUGUUAGUUAAAUAUUUUUUGCCGUAUAGUGAAGUAAACUCUGCAUUCGAAUCUGUUGAAUCAGUAUCAUAUUGCUCUCAUUGAUUCUCUUUCUCCUCACAUAUUUUUAGUAUUCAAAGAAUCUUUUUUUCCCUAAGGAAUGUGUUAUAUAAGGUAAACAUCCUUUUGAUGCUUCGGUUUGAAUUGUCUAGGUCUAAAAUUAACUCUUUAUGACUUAUGUUUAUGAUACUAAUUCUUUCCAUCAAGGAAUUAAGUCUUCAUUAUUGACGUAUUUCUUGAUUUCUUUCAUUAUAAUUUGUUAAUGUUUUUGUCUAGGUCAUGAAUAUCCCUUAUUGCAUAAAUUCUUUCUUGGCUAAAUAUAUCUGUAUUGUUACUAAGUAUGGGAAUCUCUAUCUUCAGAAUGCUAUUGAUUUUCAAAAUAUUUGUCUUUAGGUGAGUUGUCUUUGUUCUAACAGUAGUAGAUGGCUUGUUUGGUUUUUUUUAAAAAUAUAAAAUUGUAGCUGCAAAAAUAUUUGUCUUUUCUUAUGUGUUUCUAUUAUAUCUUUUUGUUAAAAUUGUAAUAAGAUAUUUUUGGACAUUUCUUCAUUUAAUAUGAAGUUAAUUAUUGGUUUUAAACAAAUAUUCUCUAUUAUAAUAAGGGAAAUAACAUCCUUUAUUCUUGUUUAUUGGAAGCUUUUGGUAGGAAUUGGUAUCUUUUGAUAUAAUCAUAUAAUGUUAAUCAUUUAAGU